CACAAUGCUCCUUGAGCCACACCCUGUACUGUGUGCGCAGGCGCGACCCGGCCUCUCUACGCAUGCGCAAAUACUAUGUGGGGCGUUGCUCGUCGUUAGUGCCGCGUCGGCAAGAUGGAAGUGCUAGCCAUUACAACUCCCCUGUCUCUGGUGACUGGUGCUGCAGUCGCUGCAGUAGCAUUCAUUCUGUACAGGUUCCUGGUGUCUCCUUAUCGUCUGCUCAGCAGUCACGGAAUCAAGGGCCCCCGACCUCUUCCACUUGCGGGGAAUUUCUUGAGCAUACGGAAGGUUGGGCAUAAUGAGUUCCUGGAAGAGCAGAUUAAAACGUUUGGGCUCAUUUUUGGGUACUAUGUAGGCAGGAUGCCAAUGAUUAACAUUGCAGAUGUUGAGGUGGUGAAGGAAAUAAUGGUGAAAGAGUUUGAUAACUUUAGUGACAGAGGGCUUCUGGUAUGUUCACCUUUCUCAGAUCUAACCCACCCAUCACAAGUAUGAUACUAGUGAAAAUGAUUUGGGUGAGCAGAGCUACUGCCUUCCUUACACGGAGUGUUGCCUUCCUUACACGGAGUGUGAUAGUUUUGCAAGGGUUCACUUGGGGGGAAAACAAAUCCCCAAAUGAUGUGAAAGUACUGAAAGCCUGUUUGAGUUAUUACCAUACCGCAAAUGAGACGAAAGCUAAUGGAAAAAAAUUCAUGUAACUGAGGAGAAAGCUCCACACAGCAUUUCUUUAGUAGCUCAUGAUUUAAUGCAUGUACACUACGACAAAGAGUUUGUCAUACAAAAUUUGAGAGCAAGAAACAACAAAGUUUGCUUAUAGCACAGUAGGAAUCACCAGCACGUCCUCUCAAAACAUGCACUGACAGCAUAUUAUAACACAUUGAGAUAUUCACACUCUGUAAAAACACACACAUGCAAACUGUAGCUACAAACUAUACACCUCAAAGCAUGUACACGAGAGUAGGACAGCAUAAUAAUAUUUAUAACGCAAAGUUUUUUCCGGGGAUUGGUGAGGGGGUGCAAGACCACUAAAAAGCAAAAACCGUAAUAUUUUUAGUGGAUGUUUUGUGACAAUGUUUUCGAAGAGAAAAAUCCCAGAAUACUGCUGUGUUACUGGCCAUAUCAUAUUAUAUACCCGAAUGAAGGGGGGAGGGGGAUGUGCCUACAACCCCCCUUCUGUAUGCACCCCUGAAUCUGGUACCCCAACUUUCUUGUUUAGAAAAAUGUAACCUGAUGCUUCGUUACAGCAGGGUUCAGCCAAUGUCUUACGGACAGCUUUGGGAAUAUCCUUGGAUUAGUGGGAGCGGGUGGAGAUACUUGGAGAACUGGCAGAACCGCACUGACUCCAUCAUUCUCGGCAAUGAAGAUGAAACUAAUGGUGCCACUUUUAAAAAAGAGCUCAGAUGUUCUAGUGGAGAAACUAGGAGAGUUUGCUGAGUCUGGAAAAAGUGUAGAGAUGUUCAGAGUGUAUGGAGCAUUCACUAUGGAGACUUUGAUAGCUACUGCCUUUGGUCGACAUGUGAACAUUCAGCGGGGAGAGGCGGACCAGAUAACGCAGGGGGCCAACUCCAUUUUCCGUGCUGCUGAAGACGGAUCACCCAAUGCUCCAGACGUGCUUAUGGCUCUUCUCUCCACCUUUCCCUGGCUGGAGCAACUGGUGGUGCAAGUUCUUCUGAGGAUGGAGAUAUCGUCUUCUCUGAAACUCAUCAACAGCACAGCCAUCAGCCUCAUACAGGCCAGAAUAGAGAGCAAAGAGCCUCCCCAGGGGUUUUCAAUUGACUUCCUGCUGGCCGGCUAUGAGACAACAGCCAACACUCUGAGCUUCACCACAUACCUCCUGGCAAUGAACCCCGAUGUACAGGAGAAACUGCAGGCAGAGAUUGACCAAUACUUUGAGGAAGACCCCGAGGCAUCUCUGUAUGAAGCGGCUCAGAAGCUCAAGUACCUGGAUAUGGUUAUCCACGAGUCAAUGAGACUGUUACACACCCGUACCAAGUAUGGGGACAGUUCACAGCCGAGGCAAAGGCGAAUCGACCCCAGUUGCUCACAUGCCGUUGGCUGGGGACUCCUCGCAACCUGUAUUGGACUCAGGUUUGCUCUGCUGGAGACAAAGAUUGCCCUCAUGGAGAUACUGAGGAAGUACAGCUUUGCCAGAGGACCCGAGACUCCGGCCCAACUGGAGCAAGCAUACGCAUCACAUCUACACCGAAAGGCGGAGUGUUUGUCAAGAUUGUACCAAGAAUCAACGACCAUUAGCUCAUUGAGGGCAGCACACACGUGCACGAAAGUUUGAACCUGGAUUUUCGACUAUUAUUAUACCACUUCUGUAUAAUGUGACCUCGCGCUGGUAGCGUCAUGACGUGCACACGGCAUCCACUCACACUGAAGUGCAGGAUAUGGUCCUCCUACUAUUAUUAAUUGCUCUGUUGAGUCAGUGUUCAUGCAUCAGACUAAGUGUAGAUGUAAUACCUGGUUGAGAUGCUAACGCACAAAGCUACGACUCAAACUGACACAGCUACUGCAGAGAAUACUCAUCAUCUGUCACAAUUCUUGCUCCUCUUCAUAAUCACUGCAGAUGAAUUGAAUGGUCGGCCCAUUCCAAAAAACUAUUAGCUCUAUAUAUUAUCAGGGAUCAGUGUGACUUUGAAGUUGUAGUUGAAGAUAAUGAUUUCAGCAGCUCUCUCAGAUGUCAGUUUGCACUGACCACAGAUUACGUCAGGGU